AUUUUCUUGUGUGAUCCUCAGUGAGUUCUGUUAUUGAGCCUUUUUUUUUUUAUUCUGCCUUCAGCCUGAUGUGAUUUUUCAGAUACCUCUGCCUUUCCUGACUGCCUACUAAGUUUACGAAACAUUGACAUUUUACAAGCCAGGAAUCCAAGUGACCAUUGCUGAAGAUGAGUGCACUCAAUGAAUAUUGAGCUCAUGGGUGACCUGCAUCCACCACAUCCCAAUGACGCCAACAACAACCCCAACAGUGAUGCAUCUCAGGGAGAGGGACGGAGAGAUGGCAAGAAGAGAGGAGGGGAUCGGGUUUCUCAGCUGCGCUGUACCCUAAUCCUGGAUUUGGGAGCAGGAUGAGAAGAACGCAGUUUUCUACCCGCACAGUCCCAAGUGACUGAAGAGGACUCGACUCCAGGUGGUGCAAGGAGGCGAGAACAAGAGAAGGCCAAAGAAGACGAGACGAAACCUAAAGUCAGACGGCGCAGGUAACAGAGGACAGGACUUGAAAAGACAAAGGACAAGCAAAAGCAGUGAUGGGAGGCAACUAAAGCGGGAGAAGAUAAAGCAAGACAAGAAAUCAGUCAAUCAAGCUUCAGCUUACCAUUGAGAUCAGAGCAGAGAAGAAUGGCGUGUCAGGCCUUCAGCACAGACUCUUUCGCCCAGCUGUCAGGAGACUCAGCUUUGCCGAUCCUCAUGCACCAUGCCUCCGCCAGUGACUGCCUGCCAUCCACGUCCCACGCACACAGCAUGGUUUCUGCAGUGUCAUCUGGACUUUCACUGGGUCAGAGCUCCAAGCGCUCACACAUGCAUCUGUCCACCUCCUCCCUCGGCAACGCACUUGGCAACAGCCCCCCGAGCCUUCAUUACCCAGUCGCCCCCUGUCACUACAGCAACCAGCAGGCCACCUAUGGCAUGAUGACAGCUCAGGAGAUGCUCUCUGCCAGUAUCUCUCAGACUUGUAUCCUGCAGACAUGUGGAGUCCCUCACCCUAAUAUGUUGAGCGGCGCAAACCAACUGCAAGGGUCUCUUACUCCUUGCUUGUACAAGUUUCCAGAUCAUGGUCUGAGUAGCGGCUCUUGCGCAUUAAGCCACGGUUUCUCUUCGCUGCCCUCGGCUAUUCUCUCGACUGAUGAGGCCCCUGGGGGCCCCACUGUCGGAGAGAUGAAAACUGACGCCCAGAGGAAGAGCAUGCGGGACUCCGACGAUACCCCCGCCAUGGACUCCCCGCAGAUACGAGAGCUGGAGAUGUUUGCCAAUGACUUCAAGAUACGGAGGAUCAAACUGGGCUAUACCCAGACUAAUGUAGGCGAGGCGCUCGCUGCUGUGCACGGCUCAGAGUUCAGCCAGACCACGAUCUGCCGCUUUGAAAAUUUGCAGCUGAGCUUUAAGAACGCCUGCAAACUCAAGGCCAUUCUGGCAAAAUGGCUGAAUGAAGCGGAGCUGGCUGGCGCCUUGUACAACGAUAAAAUAGGGAUGAAUGAGCGAAAGAGAAAACGGAGAACAACUAUCAGGUAUCUAAUCCUGGGAGCUAAGGAGGCUCUGGAGCACAGCUUCGUGGAGAAAAGUAAACCGUCCUCUCAGGAAAUAGCGCGGAUCGCCAAAGGCCUCCACCUGGAGAAGGAGGUGGUCCGAGUCUGGUUCUGCAACCGGCGCCAGCGGGAGAAACGGGUGAAAACGAGCCUGAACCUCAGCUCCUGUUUGUCCAAGAUCAACCCAAACUGCCUCUCACAGAUGAGUAAAGCCCAGAGGCCGAUGACGUAGUUUGAUGCUCGGAUGGCGAGCGAGUGUUCCACUGACGGUCGGUGUCCGACAAUCAUUCCAGGGGGAAGAGGGUGAAGUUUACUGAACAGCAAACAGAAAGGUCUUAUAAUGAAAACUGCACAGUAAGCAGCUGCUGACACUUGAAUCUGUUUCGCUGAUUUGACAUCCAGAUGAGAAAUUAUCCCCAGUGAGGCUGACAAAAUAAAUAAAUAAAACGCUCCAACACAACUUUGCUAUAAAACCACAAAUCAACAUCAGCAGCGAAUGUCUGAGUUCGUAAGGACAUCCUUUAUUACAGUUACCUUAAUGUCAUUUAAAGUUGUUUUCCUUCUUUAUUACGAGAACAGAAUGGUUUUCCUUGAGCCUAUUUUACCUGCAUAUUACAACGGAGUAUGAAGGUCACUUAAAGGACAAAAAAAACAUAGAAAAUUUGAGAAUAAGGUCUUAAAAUUGCAAGAAUGUAAUUUGUUAUCUUACAAGAAUAAAGUCGUAAUUUUAGGGCAAUGUCAUUUUACAAGGGCAAUAUCAGGAUCACUCAAAAAGAGUCUGGUUCAAGUUUUGGGAUUUUUCCUUCCUGCUUAAUUUCUAGAAAAACUGACUUUUCUCGUAAUAUUACAACUUUACUCUUCUGAUAUAAAAUGUUCUCAUUAAUUUGUAACUUUAUUCUUGAAAUGUAUUGUCUUUUUUUAUAUUAUGGCUUUUCUCAUUAAAUUAUGACUUAGUAAUAUUAUGACCUUAUUCUCAAAAUCUAUCUUUUUUCUUUAUCAUUGCCUCAAUACCCUGUCGUUCUUUCAGUCUUUAUUACUAGAACAGUCCUUUUUCUUACCUCAUUAAGUUGAAGCUGUGAAGAAAAAACACUUAUUCAAUAAGUUAAUUUGAGCUGCAGCUUCCAGUCCUGACUUUCAAACACACUGAACCUUGACUGUGCCUUGUUUGCCAUGUUAAUACGGAAACUAUAUUAACCAUAGAGACCAAAUGUAAUUAAUCGGCAUCAGAUUGCAGAUCCAUCAAUCUCUCUGAUCGAUCCGCCCUGUGCCUUCUCUAAAACACAGACGUCAACAAUCCCCUGCUUGAACCUCAGAAGUAAAAACAUAUUGAUGAUGAUUUACAUGUUUGUGCUGUAGUUGUGUGUUUAUGUAUUUGUGAUGACAGCCGACGACUCUGUGUCUUCUUUAAUUAUCUGUCACUGUCUUAUAAAUGUUUGACGAUUUAUUUAAAAUGAACGUAGCCAUAGUCAGAAAAGUAAUAUAUGUAAACUUUCACAACAACCUAUUUAUUUGAGAUCUAAUAUAUCACGUUGAUCCACUUACGACCUCUUUGAUUUAUGCUCUGAAGUCUAAGACGGCGGUGAAACUUUUUGACAUUCUUGUCAACUAAUGAAUCCGAGGUCUCCCCGUUUCCCUGCUGUGAGACACAUUCAAUAUUCUGCUUUUUGUUCUCGCUGCCAUGACGGAGUGUCGGACCGAGAGGAGCGGCGGCCUGUCGCCACUCCAAACCGGUCGGGAUGACUAAUGUGAAACUUCAGAGACUCGGGUCGCAUUGAUCGGUGUCUGGAGGAGAGCUAAAGAAUGAAACUAUGCGUCACGUAAGAAAUGCCAUGUGGAUAUUAAGGGUCCUUUAUUCAUCUGAAUUGAAAAUAUAAAUAUGCCAAAAGAAUCAGCUCAACUCCUAUCUGCCAAACAAUAAACUCAGUUUUAUGAUGAA